AUGGCUGGAGGAGGCGAAGCUAUCAGAAGAACCCCCACAGCCAAGGCAAAGACCCGCUCCUUCCGUGCUGGGCUCCAGUUCCCAGUCGGCCGUGUUCACAGGCUGCUGCGCAAAGGAAACUAUGCGGAGCGUGUCAGUGCCGGUGCCCCCGUCUACCUGCCAGCUGUGCAGGAGUAUCUGACCGCUGAGAUCCUGGAGUUGGCUGGAAACGCUGCCCGUGACCACAAGAAGACCCAUAUCAUCCCCCGUCACCAGCAGCUGGCUGUCGGCAACGACGAGGAGCUCAACAAGCUGCUGGGCGGAGUCACCAUCCAAUACGCCAAAGCUCCGUCCAGUCUGUCAAUUCAAAAGAAGAAGAAGAAGAAGAAGAAGAAGAAGCUCCAGUGGAGCCCGGAGGAUAGCUGUCGGCUGCUCAGACCUCUGCUCUCCUAA